UGGCUAUUCAAACAUUCUGUCAUAGUUGUCAUCAUUUCCUAUUUUCCACCAAACAAUAAUCAAAAGUUGUUAUUAGAAAUCUAAUAACAAACCCUUUUUCAUGCUUUUCUAGCAACAAUAUAACAUAUUUCUAAAUUUCAUAACCUCACCCUCAAUUCCUCUCCAGGAGGUAUGGGGAAGAUAGAAAAAAAAAACAAAUCAAAAAUAAAAUUUACAUUAUCAAAUCAACAUAAUAAUUUUCUAUCAUCCUUGUCAUCUUUGAUGGCUAUCCUCCUGGUUCUGGUUCUUCUAUUCGCCUUGUCAUCGCCUUCAUAUGCUCUUCCUUCGUCUCCAAGUUUCGUUCCAAAAGACAAUUUUCUCAUUGAUUGUGGUGCUGAUAAUCCACCUGCUUUACCUGAUGGUAGACAAUUCAAAUCAGAUCAACAAGCAAGUUCAUUCUUACAAGCUAAUGAUGAUUUCAAAGUUUCGGCACCUGAUCUUAAUGUUCCUUCACCUAUAUAUUCAAAUGCUAGAAUCUUCAUUCAAGAAGCUAAGUAUUCAUUUCAUUUGGUUGAGCCUGGUUUUCAUUGGAUUCGUCUUCAUUUUUAUCCGAUCAAAAACAAUGUUUUCGAUCUUCAAAAGGCGACGUUUUCUGUCAACACAGAUGUUUUUGUUCUUCUUCAUAGCUUCAAUGUUAAUAACACUGAUAAAGCAAUCCUCAAAGAGUAUCUCAUUAAUGCAACAGAACCACAAUUUACAUUAUCUUUCAUUCCUUUGAAGAAUUCGGCCGCGUUUAUCAAUGCGAUCGAGGUUGUUUCAGCUCCUGAAAACCUAAUCUUUGAUACCGGUUCAGGACUUUUCCCGGUUACCGAGGUUACCGGAUUAACAGCCUAUGCUUUCCAGCCUGUUUAUAGAUUGAACAAUGGAGGACCUCUUAUCACAUCAUCAAAUGAUACACUUGGAAGAACUUGGGAAUCUGAUGAAGCUUAUCUUACAAAUAAGAAUCUUGCAAAAAGUGUUUCUGUUGCUACUAAUGUUAUUAAGUUUCCUCAAGAUACGCCAACAAUUUCACCUUUGAUUGCGCCGCAAACUGUUUAUUCUUCUGCCACUGAAAUGGGUGAUGCUGGUGUUAAUCUACCAAAUUUCAAUGUAUCAUGGAAAUUUGAUGUUGACACUUCUUUUAGUUACCUUGUUAGGUUGCAUUUUUGUGACAUUGUGAGUAAAGGACUUAAUCAACUUUACUUCAAUGUUUAUGUUAAUAGCAGAAUUGCGAUUCCUAAUUUGGAUUUAUCAGCUAUAACUGGUGCAUUGGCAACACCAUAUUACAAAGAUUUUGUUGUCAAUGCAACAUUGAUGACUCAAGGACUAACUGUUCAAGUUGGUCCUGCAAAUGCUGAUGGUGGAAAUGCUGAUGCAAUUUUGAAUGGUAUUGAAGUUUUGAAGAUAAGCAACACAGUGAAUAGUUUGGAUGGUGAGUUUGGUGUUGAUGGAAGGAGAGUCGGUGGUUCAAACCGAGGAACGGUUGCAGCGGUCGGUUUCGCUAUGAUGUUUGGAGCAUUUGUUGGUCUUGGUGCUAUGGUGAUCAAGUGGCAUAAGAGGCCUCAAGAUUGGCAAAAGAGGAAUAGUUUCUCUUCAUGGUUACUUCCUUUACACGCUGGCGACACGAGUUUUAUGAGUAGUAAGAAUUCAAUGGGGAAAAGCAAUAUUUUCUCAUCAUCAAUGGGAUUAGGAAGGAUUUUCUCCUUUGCUGAAAUACAAGAAGCAACAAAGAAUUUUGACUCCAAAAACAUCAUUGGUGUUGGUGGAUUUGGUAAUGUUUAUUUAGGUGUGAUUGAUGAAGGAACUCAAGUUGCUGUCAAGAGAGGAAAUCCACAAUCAGAACAAGGUAUCAAUGAAUUCCAAACUGAAAUCCAAAUGUUGUCGAAGCUUAGACAUAGACAUUUGGUUUCUAUGAUUGGAUAUUGUGAUGAGAAUGAUGAAAUGAUUCUUGUUUAUGAGUACAUGCCUAAUGGUCAUUUGAGGGAUCAUCUUUAUGGAAAAAACAUGCCUUCACUUUCUUGGAAACAAAGGUUAGAAAUCUGCAUUGGAUCGGCGAGAGGUCUUCAUUACCUUCACACUGGCACGGCGCAAGGUAUCAUUCAUCGCGAUGUUAAGACAACAAACAUUUUACUUGAUGAGAAUUUCACAGCUAAAGUAUCCGAUUUUGGACUUUCGAAAGAUGCUCCUAUGGGACAAGGUCAUGUUAGUACCGCGGUGAAAGGUAGUUUCGGUUAUCUUGACCCUGAGUACUUCAGGAGACAACAAUUAACUGAAAAGUCUGAUGUUUACUCUUUCGGAGUGGUGCUUCUCGAGGCAUUGUGCGCUAGGCCGGCUAUUAACCCUCAGUUACCUAGAGAACAAGUUAACUUGGCUGAUUGGGCUAUGCAAUGGAAGAGAAAAGGUUUACUUGAUAAAAUCAUUGACCCUCAACUCGUCGGUUCGAUUAAUCCUGAAUCUAUGAAGAAGUUUGCUGAGGCUGCCGAGAAAUGUUUAGCUGAUCAUGGUGUUGAUAGACCUUCAAUGGGAGAUGUUCUUUGGAAUUUGGAGUAUGCAUUGCAACUACAAGAAGCUUUCACACAAGGAAAAGUUGAAGAUGAGAAUGAGAUUAAAGCUUCUGCUUCAGCUUCUGCUUCUGCUGCUGUUGCUGCUGCUGUUGUUCCUACUUCACCUGCUCCAACUGCACCUCCCACUACUACUGAUGAAACCCCCCCAGUUGCUCAUCAAGAAGUUAAUAGUAGUACUAAUAAUACUAAUAAUAAUAAUAAUCCUGCUGAAGUUCAAGCUAUUGAUGACCAUUCUGGAACUGCAAUGUUUGCACAGUUUAAUAAUCUUAAUGGAAGGUAAAAAAAAAAAUCCAUUACAUAUGGAAUUCUACAAAGUUGAUUCAUGUGAAGGAAGUGUUGUAUAAUAUUUUUUUUAUGAAGGUGGAGAAAAAUAAAAUUGAUGUAUAAUGGUGUGUGAUGAUACUGUGUGAUGUUUUCUGUUGUGGAGGAGUUUUAUGUUUGAUGGUAGAAAAUUUGUAAUACUGAUUAAAGUACUGGUGUGUGUGUAAGUAUAUAUGCAUUCAGUACCAUUAAUCAUAUGGUCUUAUAUAAUUUGAUUUUGUAAAAUUAUUUGUUUUGUAAAUUUUUAGGGAGUGACUUUAGUUUAGAAGCAAGCUUAAGGAAACUUAGUGGCUACUUAGAGGUGAAUUUAUUUGAAUUUGUAUGCAUUUGAGCAAUAAUUUUUGUAGCAAAAUGGGUCUCUUUUUUAUUUAUUUUAGCCAUAGGAUAUUGCUAAUAGAACUAACAUGGGAUGAAUCUAAUUUGAGAUUGAACUCAUUGAUUUUAGAAAAUGCAUGUGUUCUUGUCUAAGAACAAAAGUAUAGGGCGUUGUCAAGGGUUAGUGGUUUCCUUAAUUGAGAGAUAACCUAGAAUUUUUAGAAUUGUGUAAGGUUGUUGAAUUGUCUGUUUUUUUUCAAAUCACUCAUAGAUUUUCUUUCUCUUUCAGCCAUAUCAGUUAUCAAUAGUGUUUUGUUUUACAG